AUGUCUGAUUUCGAAAGCAUCAGCGUCAUUAAGACCCCAAAAUCCUAUAAAUCGCCUCCAGGGUUUGAACUAUCCACUGGAUCUAAGAAAUCAGACACAGCAGCUCAAAUUAAGAAACAAGACCCCAAGGCUAUAUCAGAUUUGAAAGCCAAAAAAGCCUGGGAAAUUGCCAUGGGUCCUGCUAAAUCGAUACCAAUGAACUUAUUUAUGAGUUAUAUGACAGGGAAUUCCUUGCAGAUUAUCCCAAUCAUGAUGGCCUUCAAUUUAUUCAUGAGCCCACUUAAAGCAAUUUUCACAGAAACUAAUAAGAACUUCAAGCAGUUGAUCACGCCUGAGAAUUCUAAUGAUAUUUUGGUUGCUAAGGCGAUAUUUGUGUUGUGUCAGCUUGCAUGUAUGUCUGUAGGUGUGUGGAAGCUUAAUACCAUGGGCUUGAUUCCUAGGCAUAGAAGUGAUUGGCUAGCCUGGGAAGAAGUUGUACAAGUGAAAGAGUGGAGUUCAAUAUUUUGA